AUGCUUUCUACAGCUGCAUCGAAUGGUAUCGUCUAUGCCACUUACAUGGCAAUGCUUAUUUCUGGAAUAGGCAUUGCUUUGUAUUGGAGAAGUGACAAGUCUUCCUUUCUCUCUUCUAAUGGUACCAGAACCGGUAUACCCCUUGCGCUUAAUUUUAUCGCUGCUUGUUAG